UAUUUCGUGGUGUUUUGUGAGGAAAAAUAAAAUUCUCUUGCGGUUUUGUUACAUAAUAUGGGUAAAUUUUGUAAAACUGGAAAAAGAAGCGUAUAUCCCCCACAAAAGUGAAGUCGGUGUUGAUCAUGCGUAGUUUCAUAAUUAUGUUGUAUUUGGUGCAUGUGUUGUGUGUUGCGUGAGUUAAAAGAUGAUUCUGGUAAAUUAAAGUGGUGAAAAGUACAUUAAAGAUUCGAUGAUGGUCUUGGACCAUUUUAAAUUUAGUUACUUUUCAAAAAGAAAUAAGACUUUGUGGAUAAAAGCCCCGUGUAUACCUAAGAAAGCUUCAAAGGUCUUUGAAGCUUUCGAGGCCGUGUUCAUGGAACUAUGAACCUAGACUCGUUGUCUUUUACCUUGUCACAAAUAAGUUAUUUAGUUGCAUCAUUAACCAAAAAGAACUACAAGCAAGUGGUUGCGGACCUCACAAAGUUUGUAACUUUGCAUGGUCUGGAGGCGGACCGUCACUUGCUCCAAUGUCUAUUUUCAUCAGUGGACUUUUCUGAGUCUACGAGCAAGAUAACCGCACCAUCUCCCCAAAAUCAAGCAUUGCUAGAGCAGUGCUCCAACUUGUUGAACAAACCCUCGCUGCUGACGUCUGUUUGUUACAUCACAGACAAUCCUCUCAGUAACAACAAGGCCCCCAAGUUCGGCCCCCAGUUCUUCCAGCAGUUGAGCAAGUGCCUUCGCCUCUCAGCUGUCCAGGAAGUCGUGUUUGCCCUCGCCCUCCGUCACUCCUCGAACCCGGAAGUCUCCUCUCUCGCCCAGGCCCACCUGCGCUCGACCGUCCCCGCUCUGGUACAGUCGUACGUCGAGACCGAAGGCAGCAGCCGGCAGCACGAGGGCGGCCUCCACGAGACCACCCCCGAGGUGCUGCACCUGAUCCUGUCGGCGGUGCUGAAGGCCCCCAAAGAGGUGGGACUCGCGAACAACGCGCACCGGGCCUUCCUCGACACCCUGCAGCGGGACUUCCCCAAGGACCUCGUCCCCGUCGUGCUCGCGCCGCUCGUCUACCCGGAACACUGCGAGCUCUCGCCGGAGAUGUCCUCCGAGGGCCCCGGUCUGUCCGGGGGCAUGUUAGAGACGUCGAUGGCCGAUUUGGUGGCGGAGAUCGGCUUCAGCUUCACCUCGUCGGUGGAGGAAUGCUGCAGCAACCUGAUGAAGCUCGGGGGGCGGGAGGUCUCCCCCGCCACCGUGGCCCGGAUUCUCACCGUUAUGUGCCGAACACACAGUGGCCUUGAGGAGUCGCUCAGCCUGCAGUCGCCGGGGAACUUCAGCAAGGGGAACGAAGGACGCGCGUCGUGGAACGUCGAGGUUUUCGUUCAGGCUUUGAAGGAGGUCGUGCCGAAUUUUCAGUGGACGAAUGUCGUGGCCGAGUUGGACCACCCCGAUUUCGUUAUUAAAGACAGACAGGGACUGAUCAUUUUAAUAAGUGCACUUCGACAAGGCCUCCAGACGCUGGGAUUUCAUCCGGAGACGUUUCCGAUCGACCAGUUUUACAGGAGAUGGACGAACGUCGAAGGACAGUUCAGUCUGAUGCAAAACAUACUCAAGAAUCCGGAUGUGUUCUGUUUUGCCGACUACCCUGCGAUGACUGUGAGCGUCGACGUUUUGAAAACACCACCCGAACAAGAUAGUAAGGAACUCGCGAAUUGGAGGUCGUUGAAUUUGGUAGAGCUUCUACUUCACAUGUCUGAAUGCGGCUUGUUCAACUACGUACAAGAACUGUUCAAAUUUCCGAUACACAACUGUCCGGAUGUCUUAGUCUUAGCCUUGCUGCAAAUCUCAGGACCCAUAACACUACUAAGACAAGAACUGCUUUCGACUCUCAUACCGAUUUUCUUACUGAAUCACCCAAACUCGGCUAUCAUUCUCCACCAUGCAUGGCACACGACUAACAUUAAUAUAAAAUCGAUCAUAAUGCAUGCGAUGGCCGAAUGGUACGUCCGAAGCGACUGCGACCAAACCAGACUAUCCCGUAUUCUAGACGUAGCCCAAGACCUGAAAGCCCUCUCGAUGCUCCUAAAUGCCCAAAACUCCCAAUCAUAUCCGUUCAUAAUCGACCUAGCCUGUCUAGCAUCCCGUAGAGAGUACCUCAAACUAGAAAAAUGGCUCGCCGACAAAAUCCGAGAACACGGCGAAUCCUUCGUUACGGCCUGCGUUAAAUUCCUCCACCGCCGCUGUCCCCAGUUAAUCGGCAAAAGCGACGACGCGAUGACGAAAGCAUCGUCACUCCCUAACGAAACCCUAACCACCAUAAUGCUGUGCUUACAAUCGUGCGUUAACAACGUAAAUCCGGAAUGCCAAGAAGCCAUAAUAAACAUCACCACCAGUUGUACGUUACUGUUAAAAUCGCGUCAACAACCAGCCCUCGUGAGAUCCAGGGGUGUCGAUGGCCCGUUCAGUGUUUCAGCGAUCUCCGGACAACUCUACAACCAUUCGGGCGUUGACACGAUUCCCGGUUUGACCACCAACUUGGCGAGUAUGACGAUGUCGGGUCCCACGACGUCGGCGUUUAAUCUCCAGGGCGGGUUAGGGCCGCUGGUGCAGUCGCCCGGUUCGCCGUCGCGGAUUCUGGGGGCGGGUCCGUCGAAUAGUCCGUUCCCGAUGAUGCCGCUGCAGCAUCAAGGGCCCGUGGGGACUAGUUCGUCGCUAGUUUUGGGGGUGAACCAGAUCGGGAAUAUCGGGAGGAUGGGGCCGACGUCCAAUAUUGACAAGAGGAUUCCUGAGUAUAAUUUGUUCCCGGAUAUGACGUCGAACGUGUCGAAGGAUAUCGAGGAUGAAGCAAAUAGCUACUUUCAGAGGAUUUACAACCAUCCGCCGCAUCCUACGUUGUCUAUUGACGAAGUUCUGGAGAUGUUGAAGAGGUUCCAGGAUUCGCAUAAUAAGCGCGAGAGAGAAGUGUUCAAUUGCAUGCUUCGUAACUUAUUUGAAGAAUACAAAUUCUUCCCCCAGUACCCCGAGAAAGAGCUCUUCAUAACCGCCCAACUGUUUGGAGGUAUAAUCGAAAGAAGCAUAGUGACGUCAUAUGUUGCUUUGGGGUUGGCUCUCCGUUUUGUCCUAGAAGCUCUUAAAAAACCAGAAGGUUCAAAAAUGUACUAUUUCGGCAUAACAGCCCUGGAUAGGUUCAAGGGUCGUCUUAAAGAAUACCACAAAUAUUGCGAACAUGUCAGAGCUAUACCGCAUUUCUCAGAGUUCCCUCAACAUUUACAGGAAUAUGUAGAGUAUGGUCUGCAAAGUCUUGAACCACCAAAUAAACCUCAAGGUACAGUUUUACCAGCCAGCAUGGCUUCAAUGUUGGCACCGCCGAACACGCCAGUCUCGCAAGUGUAUAAGCCCAACUCUACCAUAAGUUCGAGCGCACCGAGCAAAGCUAACACGACCACGACUAGUACUUUGGGAAGUCGACCUUCCAUAGCUAACGCUACCAACAUCGAUACUUUAUUGGUGGCCACAGAGAAAGAUGAGAAAGUGAUUGCUCCACCUGAAGCCUUACAAGAUAAGAUAGCUUUUAUUUUCAAUAAUUUGAGUCAGCUUAACCUUAAGACGAAGUGUGACGAAUUGAGAGACUUGGUGUCGGAGGAGUACUUUCCAUGGUUGGCUCAGUACCUGGUGAUGAAGAGAGCCUCAAUAGAGUUGAAUUUUCAUGGCUUGUAUUCGAAUUUUCUCGAUACUUUGAAUAUCAACGAGAUUUAUAGAAUGGUGACUAAGGAAACUUACAGGAACAUCAAAGUGUUGUUGAGGUCGGAUAAAGGUAUUGAAAACUUUUCCGAUAGAUCGUUAUUGAAAAAUUUAGGCCACUGGUUGGGUAUUUUGACGUUGUCACGAAAUAAACCCAUUCUGCAGAUAGACCUAGAUUUGAAGUCGCUGCUAGUCGAGGCGUACCACAAAGGUCCGCAAGAACUGUUGUACGUAGUUCCUUUUGUUGCUAAAGUCAUAGAAUCGUGUGCCAAGAGUAAAGUUUUCAAACCGCAGAACCCAUGGACGAUGGCUAUAAUGAACGUUUUAGCAGAGCUACAUCAAGAACCUGAGUUAAAAUUAACUCUUAAAUUCGAAAUUGAAGUCCUUUGUAAAAACCUAGACAUAGAUGUAGCUCAGCUCAAACCGAGCAUGUACUUGAAAGAUCCUGAACGUCUAAACAAAAUCGAAUACCAACUGUCACAACCGACAAAGAAAGAAAACGCGAUGAUAUCUUCAUCUCAAGGGAACAACCAACCGGCUACCAUCAACGAGCCAGAAUUAGUCAAUAUGAUGCCAGGCCAAGCGGCAAACUCCCCCGUAACACACAACAACAGUACUACACCUACUUCUGCUUUGUCAGCACCACCGGAGCCCCGUUUCAGCUAUGGAGACAUACAGAUCGCUGGAAUGACGUCGUUCCAAACCCAUACGGUUGUCAGCCCGUCGAUUCUACUUUUCCAAAACCAGCCUCAGUUGAAGCCUUUAGUCAGAUCAUCCAUCGAACACGCUGUACAAGAGUGGAUCGCUCCCGUGGUGGAUCGUUCCAUCAAGAUCGCGCUACAAACCUGCGAGCAGAUAAUCAGGAAAGAUUUUGCCUUAGAUCCGGACGAAGGUAGGAUGAGGCUUGCGGCUCACUUCAUGGUGAGGAAUUUGACGGCCGGUAUGGCGAUGAUCACCUGUCGCGAUCAGCUCCUGACUGCCAUCAAUACGCAUCUGAAGCAAGCCCUUCUGGCCAACAUUGGCUCACCUACGUUACAACAAAAAGAGAUGAUCGAACAGGCGGCCAGUAUUAUUGCUAAUGAUAAUAUGGAGUUGGCUUGCGCUUUCGUUCAGAAAACCGCCGUCGAAAAGGCUAUUCCCGAAAUAGAUAAACGAUUGAUGAGCGAGUACGAUUUGAGGAAGAUGGCGAGGCAGGAGGGAAGACGCUAUUGCGACGCCAUCGCCUUGACUUACCAAGCCGAACGAAUGCCCGAACAAAUUCGAUUAAAAGUGGGUGGUAUUUCCAAUAGUCAGAUGGCCGUUUACGAAGAAUUUGCGCGAAACAUACCAGGAUUUUUGCCAAACGAACGAGACUCGAGUAUUCUUAUACAGAAACAAAAUCUGACACCCAUUGAAACCCAAUUGCAUGCAUCUACACCAUUUCCUUUACCGCAAGCCGCGGUCCUCAACGACGAUUUAUCUUUACUUUUUGAAAAACUGGGUUUGGAAAUCGAGCAAUUUGUGCAGGCCACUUCCGGACAACCACAGUUUGCACAUAUGAAUUCUAACUUGUUACUAAUCAGAGAUUGCCUUAUGCACACUUUGAGAAAUAGGGAUCCCACACCACCACAAGCCAUUGUACAAAAGUGUGUGGAAAGUUUGCAAGAUUCCCUUGUUUCAACCCUAAACGACGCCGAUCCCGUUGUUAUGCGUUUCAAAGAGAUCAUCAUCAGGAUUUUGAAGUCCUUCCAAGACCCACGUGUCUUCGGCCAGCAGUGGACGAACAAGUUGGUCACGAGAUUCUUAACAGAAUGUCGCGAAGACUACCGUUACAACCUCGAUGCAGUCGACACUUUGAUUAAGUCUGGCCUUGUUCAUGUUCCACAAUAUGACUUAGCGUUAGCCCAAUGCAUGGAAAAUGGUGUAAAUUACUUGGGCGUGAAUUUCGCCAUGCAAUUGGUGCAGCUGUACUUGAUAGAUGACCGUUCCAAUCAGUUCGUUACCGAUAACGAUCUCUGCAAUACGAUCGAGAUGUUGGCUAAAAUACAGAAUCACGCCAGGCAACCACCGGAAGGGUUGGGUAACAUUAUCGACAUCUUGCGACAGAACCCGGAAACCCCGUUCUUUGGAGACAGAGCGCCCGUUGGUCCCACAGUUCACAUCCACAACGGAAUAUUACAGGUGCGUGCACCAAACUAUGAAGAUCCUCCCGGCUUAGUCGAGAAAACCGACUUCCUCCUCAGAGAAUGGAUUAGCAUUUACAACCAGCCCCAAGGGCGCGAUUCCACGAAAGCUUUCAGUGUGUUCGUCCACCAAAUGAACAUGCACGGGAUUUUAAAAACCGACGAUUUAAUCACAAGAUUCUUCAGAUUGUCGACGCAACUAUGCGUAGAGGCGGUAUACAGAAUCUUUUCUGAUAAAGCCAACGCCGCUCAGUUGCCAACCGUCAGAGCCAAAUGCUACAACACCCUCGACGCUUUCGUUAGGUUGGUAGCGCUGUUGGUGAAACACUCUGGCGACGCCAACAACACCACCACGAAAAUCCACCUGUUGAACAAGGUUUUGGGAAUCGUAGCGGGGUGUCUGCUGCAAGACCACGACACAAGAACCAUCGAAUUCAACCAGUUGCCGUAUCAAAGGAUUUUCACGAUGUUGUUCCUGGAGUUGAACUCGCCUGAGCCUGUAUUGGAAGCCAUUAAUUUCCACGUUUUGAACGCAUACUGCCAUACACUCCAUAUUUUGCGUCCGACCAAAGCGGCUGGUUUUUGUUACGCUUGGUUGGAGUUGGUGUCUCAUAGAAUUUUCAUGGGGAGGAUGCUGGCGAGUACUCCACAGCAGAAAUGUUGGCCUUUGUACGCCCAACUCUUGAUCGACCUCUUCAAGUACUUGUCGCCGUUUUUACGGAACGCAGAACUGGCUAAACCGGUUACUAUGCUGUACAAGGGUACUUUGAGGGUUCUUCUGGUCCUUCUCCAUGACUUCCCGGAGUUCCUAUGUGAUUACCAUUACAACUUCUGUGAUGUGAUCCCACCAAACUGUAUUCAAAUGAGAAAUUUGAUCCUGUCCGCUUUCCCGAGGAACAUGCGACUGCCCGAUCCCUUCACUCCCAACUUGAAGGUCGACAUGCUGCCGGAGAUCUCCUUCGGUCCCAGAAUCCUCGCCAACAUCCCGAUGAUAAUCACCCCGGCGCAGUUCCGAAAAGACCUGGAUUCGUACCUUAAAGCCCGAGCCCCGGUCACGUUCUUGUCGGAGCUGAGGAGCAACCUCCAGAUCUCGAACGAACCAGGGGUUAGGUACAACAUCCCGUUGAUGAACGCGCUGGUCCUGCACGUGGGGAUGCAGGCCAUAGCGUACAUCCGGGGUAAAGGUCACCCACCCAACAUGACCACGAUCGCCCAUAGUGCCCAUAUGGAUAUCUUCCAAAACCUGGCUGUGGAUCUCGACACCGAGGGCAGGUAUUUGUUCUUGAACGCCAUCGCCAACCAACUCCGGUACCCCAAUAGCCAUACGCACUAUUUCUCGUGCACUCUGCUGUAUCUGUUCGCCGAAGCAAAUACGGAGGCCAUUCAGGAACAAAUCACUAGGGUCCUUCUGGAGCGGCUGAUCGUGAACAGGCCACACCCGUGGGGUUUGCUCAUCACGUUCAUCGAGCUGAUCAAGAACCCGACUUACAAGUUCUGGAGCCACGAGUUCGUGCACUGCGCUCCGGAGAUCGAGAAGUUGUUCGAGUCGGUGGCUAGAUCUUGCAUGGUCCAGAAGACGACGGUGCAGGCCCAAGAAAAUGAAAUACAAGAGUGAUAACAUGUCUUUGUGAUUUGUAUAUAUUGAAAAAUGGUUACACUGUGAACUCGAAUUUAUUUUAUUUUGCUUUGUAUUCAGUUUUAAUUGUUUCUGGUAUUAAGCGAUUGAUUAAGUUUUCAUAGGUAUAAGGAUAGCGUGUAGAUAUAGCUCUGUAAAAAAUUAGUUAUUUUUAAGAAAUUUUCAAGUAUUUGUAAUUACUAUAAAUAUGUGGAUGUAUUAAAUGGUUUUCAAUGUUUUGAAGAAAGCAAAA